ACCAACUUGCUCCCUGUCGUUAGGCUAGCUCCUCUCGUGAAAAGAAAGUUGCUGCAUCCCCAGAAAUAUUAUUAUUUAUAAUAACCACUAUUAAAUAUUAGUUAAAUAAAUUGCCAACCUUUGAGUAUGGGUUCCUCCAAGAAGCACAAGGAGAAGGACAAGGACAAGGUGAGAGAUCGGGAGGAGAAAAAGUCACGUCAUCGAGGGGACGAGGACGACUCUUUGUCGAAAAGUUCAAAGAGAAAGCACCGGUCGAGGUCAAAAAGCCCAUCGUCCCCACCACACGCAUACGGGGACGAUUCCCCCCCAGCGGGCAAGGAUAAGGAGCGCGGUCGCAAGAGGAAGCACAAGGAGAAGAGGAGACAUGGAGGAGGGGACUCGGAAGAUUCUGACGUCCCAUUGUCCAAAGCAUCCAGACAUGAAGAAAGGUCACCGUCUCCUAUCGAGAAACCUUCAGGAGAUGGAUCGGUUCUUUCCAUUCACGAGACGAAUAAACUUCGAGCGAAACUGGGAUUGAAACCUCUUCAAGUAGAUUCCGGACCCCCACCAAGGCCACAACCUCCACCCCAGAAAAGGUCAGGCAAGCCAGAGGAUGUGGAAGAGGGUGAAGCAGAAGAGGAGUUUGACGAAGAAACACUUCGCCGUAUUCGUGCAGAAAGAGAAAAGGAAGGCGAAACGUUCUGGAAAGAAACACAAGAAUUUGUUCACGCCCCAGCUGAAAAUUUAACUGCAAGGCUCAAGUCGGACAAAUUGAAGGAUAAACUGACUACUAUGAAAGAAAAGCGCAAGUUGGAGACCAAAAUGUUACAAUCCAAAGGAUUGGCUGACUCGGAUGAGGAUGAUGAUGCCCAUGCUUGGGUUUUGAAACAGAAAACAUUGGCUGAACAAAAGGCUCUAGCAGCAAAAAGGGCAAAGGAACUUGAUGAGCUGGACACAGAGUUUGGACUUGGAGAAGUGGUUGAAACUGCAUUUGUUAAACAUAAAAACAAAGCUUACACAGAGAAGGAUUUGAAAGGAAUGAAAGUUUUGCACGAUCAGUCUCGAAUUCAAGACGGUGGUCAAGUGAUCUUGACAUUGAAGGAUAAAGGUGUGCUGGACGAGGAAGAUGAUACGCUGGUGAAUGUCAAUAUGCUUGAUGAUGAGCGAUAUGACAAGAAUGUCAAAAAUAAACAAUUACGACCAGAAUUACAUGGGUACAAUGCCCUCGAUGAAAUUGAAUACGACGAGUCUGGAAGCUUAAAAACAAAAAGUCUUCUUGGGAAAUAUGAUGAAGAAAUUGGAGGACCGGAGCGACAGAGCUUCGUAAUCGGGCAAAAUAUUUCAGAAGAAGCCAGAAAAGCACAAAUACGAGAGAAAAUGAAGAGAGCAGAUAAAAUAUUAGAGUCAGUGGACAGUGUUUCUUUAAAAGUGAUGUCAGAUUUUUAUUCACCUGAGGAAAUGGUUUCCUUCAAGAAGCCAAAAAAGAAGGUAAGGAAAGUACGAAAAGUUCUCCGUGCUGAUGAUUUGCUGAAAUUGGAUGCGGAUGGAAACAAAGCACCAGCCGGCGUUAUCAACCAACGCGACUUGGGAUCGCGUAAUAAAAAAUCACAUGCUGCUACAGCAGUGAAAGAAGAACCAAUGGAUAUGGAAAUUGAUUUAGAAAUUGACGACUUUGCAGUUCCUACUGAGGUUGAUAUAUCAGAUGUCAAAUUGGAGGAUGAAGCUGACAUUGACUUUCAACGCGCAUUGCACAAGGCCAGGAAAAUGAAACAAAAGCAACUGGCCAAGCCCAAACCUAAGGCUAAUGUUGGAGAAUUACUAUUGCGAGAACUGGAAAUAGCCAGUGAAGCAGAGAAAUCAGAUGCAGGAUCUAUUGUUCUGCACGCUACUGCUGAAUUUUGUCGUACUUUGGGUGAUAUUCCAAGUGUUGAUGCAGGGGACUUAUACGGGGACGAGGAAAUGGAUUUUGAGCAAGAAGAAAAGUAUCAAUCUGUGUCUGAGGAACGGGGAGCUUGGAAUGAAGUCGAUAUUGACGAGACACCAGUGGACAUUACCCGUAUACCCGAUCAAGAGGAAGUAACAAUCUUGGAGCAGGAGCCUGAUGUUGGCGUUGGUCUUGCCGGUGCCUUGAAACUGGCUCACAAGAAAGGAUUCUUAGAACAAGAGAAAGUAAAGCGAGUUGGAGCUACGACAAUGAAACAUCUUGAAGCCAAGCAUUACACUAUUGAAGACAAGAACUAUGAAGAGGAAAGAGUUAGCAAGCGAGACAUGUACUUUGGUCCUACGUCCGAUUUCAGAGAAAAAGACGGUUAUAAGCCCGAAGUGAAGUUGGAAUAUAAUGACGAGGAUGGGAAACCAAUUUCAGCAAAGGAAGCUUUUCGUUUAUUGUCGCACAAAUUCCACGGAAAAGGUUCUGGUAAGAAUAAGAUUGAUAAAAAACGCAAAAAGAACGAGCAGGAGAAGCUUAUGCAACACAUGAACUCUACGGAUACUCCAUUGAGGACCGUCGAACUUUUGCAACAAAAACAAAAGGAAACUCAUUCAGCAUAUUUGAUCUUAUCUGGAAGCAAGGCCCAUGAUAUGCUUCGUAAAAGUAAACGUUGAGUAAUGUUCGGGAGAGUUUCUUAGUUUGAAGUUUUUUUAAAAAUAUGUAUGAUAUGAUAGUAAUACAAAAUUAAAUGAAUACUACUAUUGAAUAAUAA